CUGCCAUGGCCCAUUCCACAAGGGACUCGUAACACACUGAUCCAAUCUAUACAUGCGGGGGUGUCUCGAGUCUUGAAAGGGCCCCUUUGCCCAUACCGAACGUCUUCAAGACUGUUCCUAGAGUUUGGAGUCGCGAGCUGAAGAAGAAUCUCCCGUCAUGGCAAGAAGCGUAAGCAGGUGGCAUCGCAGCGGAGCUACUCUGUUGGGAGUAUGUACAGCAGUACUCCCACUCCUAGUCCUGGGAGAGCCGGAGAUAUUUUCCCAAUACCCCAUGGAGUUUUUCGAGCCCACCAGAACAUUCAAGACCAGAUCUCCAUAUGCGGACAGCACUACUAACGAAUGGCUGGCCAACUGCCCUGUUCGAUCUGACAAAGGUUGCUCGAUCAGAAUCCGGUUCAAAAAGUUUGACUUGCAAGGUAGCAAGGGCUGCAGGGCUGACUACCUAGAAGUUCACCGUGGUCCGAACGCCAGCUACCCUUCCCUGGGCAGGUUCUGUGGCGGCUGCAUCCCUAACGACCUGUACGUCCUUGGCCGAAACGUCUUCGUCCGGUUUGUCUCGGACGGAGCCAUUUCUGGAUUAGGGGCGGAGUUUGAGAUGUCUGUCCUCUUUCCCGUGGCCGAAGUUUGUAACACAACACUACGAUGUUCUAAUGGAAAAUGCCUUGACGACUCCCUGUUGUGUAACGGUCGAGAUGAUUGCCCCAUGAGCAAUGACGAAGAUCAGAACAUCUGUGCACCCUACGAUGAGCUGCAACAGUCAAGCGUUCGGUUUAUGAACUGGGGUCAAGAACCAUCCAAGAGACAUUAUUGGGCUCAGAAGUUUGAAGUAGGCUGGACGAAGGGAGAGAUCACGUUCGCUUCUCGCCUGUUCCCACAGCCGUACCCAGAGAACUUCACGUCCUACUACGACUUGAGAUGUUCCACAGAGGACUAUCCAGACUGCAGAGUAAAGGUUACCUUCGACGUCUUCAAUGUGGGCAGGGGACAGCCUCGGAUGUGCAGAGGCAACAGCUGUUGCAAGACGAACUACUUAGAAGCACGUGACGGCAAAGAUGAAAAGGCCCCUUUGAUUGGUCGCUACUGUGGCUGCAGCAUGCCGCGGAGGAUAGCGGGAUCGGGCCCGUUUCUCUGGAUGAAGCUCAAGUCUGGGUUUGGGCAGAGAAGUAGAGGAAUCCGAGCAACUUUGUCCAUCAUGGAUCCCGAAGAGAUCACCACAGCCGAGCCCACCACGCCGACACCCACCCCGCCAGAGACGACCUACACACCAUCACCCGUGUACUACGACAACUGUGUGACUGAGCUUAUUCCAUACAAUGCAGCCUACAGCCCAACAACGAGUUCAACUCUUCUAGCGACAGCCCUGGUGGGAGUGGCGACCAUCCGGCACAUGUGCACCUGACUUUUUCUUGACCAAUAGAACCGUUCUUGAGUAGAAAUAAAUUUCAGAGGGAGGAAAUGACAUCUACAUGUACCAUAAUGCACCAAGAUAAAACUUUAAUAAAAAUGGCCUGAACUAUUCAGUGCCACUUCACUUUAGAAAGAGUAAGGUGCUAAAACGUACUUAUUCCACUAGUUGUUUCUGUCAGAUAGUAUAGUGUACGUCAGUCUCAGGACAAUCAAAUUACAGACGUUUCCUCUCCACCAUUCUUUUUCCACACAGUCUUUCACUUUUUGUAUACCUUUACAUUCAUACUAGUCGUCUUGCACAUGAGUUCGUUUGGACCAGUUCGUUCGUAAGUGGCCAGGGUUGCAGAGACAAUAAUGCUGUAUGUAUGAACUAGAGAAGGCAGACAAUCUAACAGACAUAUAAUCUAACAUAACAUAUUUUUCAAGACUAUUAAGCGUGAUAGUCCUCUAUGUCAUGUCCGGUCUCGGUCCGUAUCUGUAUUUUAACCGUUUCUAUCGAAUGACUUAGGGAGUCAAUGGAAGGAAGUCUGAAGUGGACCAGGUCCCUAAAUGGACAUCCCUUCCCCCAGAAGCCUAAUGAUGCCCGAGGUGUAUCUAUUCCGAACGCCAACGAAGAGCAAAGUAUGAAUAAUUCAGUCACGAUUGCAAAAUGAUGGAGAGCAUCAGAAGAAGGUCUCCAAUACGGGUCGCCUGGUGCCUUUGAAGACGAUAUGUCAUUUGCAGUUGAUGGCCCGUGAGUAGGCUGGGCAGUCAGAGAUAGCAGUCAUUCCAGCGUAACAUAAGGUCUCCAGAGCCUUUCUCAGCCGCGCAUAGAGACGGAAAUAUCAAUAUAUUAAAGGUCACAACAGG